GCUCAAAAUGCUGAACUGCUUCUGGAAGUCGCUGGUGCUGUGGUAGUUGGAGUCUGUUCUCGGGCCUGAGCCUCGAGGCCAGGCUCCUGGGUGUCGUUAAUGUUCGGGGCCGCCGGGCGCCAACCGAUCGGAGCUCCAGCCGCCGGGAACAGCUGGCAUUUCAGUCGAACCAUGGAAGAACUGGUUCAUGAUCUUGUCUCAGCAUUGGAGGAGAGCUCAGAGCAAGCUCGAGGUGGAUUUGCUGAAACAGGAGAUCAUUCUCGAAGUAUAUCUUGCCCUCUGAAACGCCAGGCAAGGAAAAGGAGAGGGAGAAAACGGAGAUCAUAUAAUGUUCACCACCCAUGGGAGACUGGUCACUGCUUAAGUGAAGGCUCUGACUCUAGUUUAGAGGAACCAAGCAAGGACUACAGAGAGAAUCACAAUAAUAAUAAAAAAGAUCACAGUGACUCUGAUGACCAAAUGUUAGUGGCUAAGCGCAGGCCAUCAUCAAACUUAAAUAAUAAUGUACGAGGAAAAAGACCUCUGUGGCACGAAUCUGACUUUGCCGUGGACAACCUUGGGAACAGAACUCUGCGCAGAAGGAGAAAGGUAAAACGCAUGGCCGUGGACCUCCCACAGGACAUCUCUAACAAACGGACAAUGACCCAGCCCCUUGAAGGUUGUAGAGAUCAGGACAUGGACAGUGAUAGAGCUUACCAAUAUCAAGAGUUUACCAAGAACAAAGUCAAAAAAAGGAAAUUGAAAAUAAUUAGACAAGGACCAAAAAUCCAAGAUGAAGGAGUAGUUUUAGAAAGUGAGGAAAUAAGCCAGACCAGUAAGGACAAAAUGGACUACGAAGAGCAAAAAGUCUCAGACGAACUCAUGAGUGAAAGUGAUUCCAGCAGUCUCAGCAGCACCGAUGCUGGUUUAUUUACCAAUGAUGAGGGAAGGCAAGGUGACGAUGAGCAGAGUGACUGGUUUUAUGAGAAGGAAUCAGGUGGAGCAUGUGGCAUCACUGGGGUCGUGCCCUGGUGGGAAAAGGAAGAUCCUACCGAGCUAGACAAAAAUUUACCAGAUCCUGUCUUUGAAAGUAUCUUAACUGGUUCUUUCCCUCUUAUGUCACAUCCGGGAAGAAGAGGUUUCCAAGCUAGACUCAGUCGCCUUCAUGGACUGCCUUCCAAGAACAUUAAAAAAUCAGGAGGGACCACAACUUCAAUGGUGGGCACCCCGGGCCCUGUCAGUAACAAGAGAAUGGUUCACUUUUCCCCAGAUUCACAUCACCAUGACCAUUGUUUAGCCCUGGCACUAAGACAGAGCAUGGCCAGGUCACUAAUCCAAUCUGAAAGUUGGAAGCAUCAGCUUCUGAGAGAUAACCGAGCUGAAAGAGGACACAAGAAAAACUGUUCUGUCAAAACAGCCAGCAGGCAAACAAGCAUGCAUUUGGGAUCCCUAUGCACUGGAGAUAUCAAGCGGAGAAGAAAAGCUGCACCCUUGCCUGGACCUACCACAGCAGGAUUUGUGGGAGAAAAUGCCCAGCCAAUCCUAGAAAGCAACAUUGGAAAUCGAAUGCUCCAGAAUAUGGGCUGGACACCUGGGUCAGGCCUUGGACGAGACGGCAAGGGGAUCGCGGAGCCAAUCCAAGCCAUGCAGAGGCCAAAAGGAUUAGGGCUUGGAUUUCCUCUACCAAAAAGCACCCCUGCACCUGCCACUCCCAAUUCAGGAAAAUCCGCCUGAGAAGAAAAACAAAGAAGAAAUGUUUUGCAAUUUUUAUUUAAUAUAUAUA